CAGCGACGGACGUAAACAAUGGCGCGUCUCAGUGCUGAUGACUUCAAUAGACUCCAGAACCAGCUCCUUGAGCUGCGGGAGAAGAACUACACCCUGGAGGAUAGUCUUCGCAAACACAUGAAAGAAUUGGCUGAGACAAGGACCAGAUUAAAGAACCUUAGUGAAGAAAAUGAUCGCUAUCAGACCCUUGUCAAAACUUCAAAGAAAGCUUCAGAGGUGGAACUGUUAAUGCGGGAUAACAGCUAUCUUCGAAAUAAAUUAAGAGACCAAGAAGAAGAUUUUCGACUGCAAAACAACACUCUCUUGCAGGAACUUUCAAGAUUGGUUGGUGAAAAUGAACGAUAUGAAAGACAAGUUGAACUUCUCUGUGGUAACCGCAGCGCAGAGGAUAGUGCAGAUGGCGACCAUGGUUGUACUGACGACUCAAAAGAGGUGAUACGUCUCCGGGGGGAACUUACUGCAAUUGAGAAGAAGCUAUAUGAAUCCGAAACAAAAGCAGAGGCUGAUGGAAGUGCAAUGAAGGACAAGAUUGCUGCCUUAAAUUUACAAAUUACACAGUUAACAAAUGUUUUAAAAACCCAUUCUAUUCCUGUUGAUGAAGGAGAAAUCAGCUUAAGUCAAGGAGGAGGAGUAAGCUUUAAGAAACUGUCCCUGCAGGAUGAUGACGGCCUUGAAACACACCCAGAGAGACCGGGUGAAACACUUCAGUACUAUCAGGAGAAGACAACCCAGUUGCAGCAUGAAGUAGUAACAGCGAAUACACAGCUGAGAGAGGAAAAUGAGAGAGCAUCAUCAUUGAUCAUAGAAAAAGAGAAAUUAGAGAAUGAGUUAAAGGAAGCAAAUGAGAGGUUAGCAGAAGCACUGGCCGAGGCUGAGAGGAAGAGCAGAGAAAUGGAGCAAAAGAAGCACCACGAAGCAGGGAAGCAGAAAGAGGUAGAGGCACAACUAAGGGAAGAACUGGGGACGGUACAGUGUGAACUGAAAGAGACAAAGGAGAAUUUAGUGCAAUCAGAUUCAAGCCUCACUGAAAAGACCACCCAGUGUGACAGUUUGCUUCAGGCAGUUGAUCAGCUAAAGGAGAAACUAGAAGCAACAGAGAAGAGAAUAGAAGAAAAUGAGGUACUGAUUCAGGAGAAGGAGAGCAAGCUGGAAGGCAUUCAAGAGAAAGUGGAUGCUUUGACUGAGGAAAUAAGCAACCUGCUGGAAGAGAAGGAGGCUUUGGUGAGGGAAAGAGAGGAUGUCCAACUGAAAGUCACUGAGCUCUCCAAAGAGGGUGAAUCCCAGCGGGCACAGAUUGACGAGCAAACAAAGUUGGCAGAGAGUCGAAAGAAUCUCAUUGAGGAAAUGAAGACACACUUAGAGGAAGAAGCUCAACGGCACAAACAAGAAGUUGAGCAACUGUCAGUGCGUCAUGGGGAAGAGAUUGCAGCUGUGUCCAUGGAAAAUCAACAACUUAAGGCCCAACUGCAUGAUGUGAACGAAAAGUUAAAUGAAGUAAUGAAUCUCAAAGAAAAUGUAAGAUCUUUAGAGGGUCAGAAAUCUCAGCUGCAGGAAGAAAACACAAAGCUGCUGGGAGACCUUGAAGCAGCCCAUAAACUGACACAAGAGGAAAUCAACAGGGUUACAGCUGAGAAGCUACAGGAAAUGCAAGACAUGAGGAAUACCUGGGAUGAAGAGAGGAGAGACCUACAAACACAACUUGAAAUCAGCAAUAUACAACGACAAGAGAGUGAAGAAGCUAUAGAAGCCUUGAAACGAAAGGUUUCUGAUGGAGAAGAAGAGCAAAGGAUUCAUGAGCGCAAGGGAAUGACACUGCUUAAGGACCUCAAGAAACAGCUGGCUGUUGAGCGGAAACGUGCAGAUCGCCUUCAGGAGAAGCUGAGCCAGCUCUUGACAGAUCCUGCUCAGUUAACUGCAAUUACAACAAUGUCAGAAGUCGGCGAUGAUGUGAGCAGUGUUUCCUCAUGGUCUAUGGUGUCAGGAGAACCUCGGGAUUCUUCUACAAGGGAAAACAGCAUUAUUGCCUCACCACAGGGCUCCCCGCCUCCUGGUGUUGUAACUGAGGAAACAGCCUCCCUUGUAAAUCGACUCACAGAUCUCCAACAACAGAAGUGGCAGCUAGAGGAACGCAUCACUCACUUAGAGUCAUCCUGUUCAGCAAUGGCUGAUGAUUUGCUGAAAAAAUCUGCCAUCAUCCAACACUAUUGUAUGGACCAGAAAGUUGACAGCACACCAUCCACUCCUUCUUCUCCACAAGCUGCCAAUUUGGGUGAGAAAUUGAGCGUGAGACGCAUGCUGGAGGUGGUCCGAGGCCAUAGUAGUGAGGAAUCCACCAAGGAGAUAAACCGCCGUCUCCAGGGCCUCCUUGAAGAAACACUAUCCAAGAACAUGCAGCUUCAUCAAGAUGUGGACAAUCUCUCAGAGCAGGUCCAUCAGCUGUCCAUCCUGGCGGCACAAAAGACACAGAGGGAAACGUCUCCUCCAGCUGAUGCCUAAGAUCAAGGCAGAUUGAUAGCUGCCCAGGGUAUGGCAUCCCUUCCUGUGAUUUUCAUUAAUUCUAUGGUUGCCAGAUGGAUUGUUUGAAAUGGUUGGGGGUUGUUUUGAUAAUGGAAUCCAAUAGGCUUCCUGAUGUGUUUUAACCAAAGGUUGAAUUUUCAUUCUUUCUUCCGUGUGUGGAGUUUAUAAAGUUUUAUGAAAUAGAAAA